ACUUCAUAGGACGCGUAAGUGCCUCUCAAACGCUGUCGUUUUGGUCAGUAUUAUUACUAAACCGAACCACAUCAUAGGACUCACUCUUUCUUCUUCUUCUCUCCCGACCGUCGCCGGAGGAGAUUUCCCGACAGCAGAAUCUGAGAGUCAAUAAGGGGGUUAGUAAGUAGAUGGAGAGACGUGUAACACACGGCUUCCCUGGUCCACAACCACCACCACCACAACAAGCUCCGUACUAUCACAACAACAACUACAACAAUCAUCAUCAUCAGAUUCACCACAACCAUGUCGCCGCAAUUGGAUUCCAGCAAUACCCACAAAACGACAACAGAGAUCAGCGUUUCAAUCAGCCGACUCCGCAGUUCGAUAAUCACUACCCCGCCCAGCAACAGCAACAGCAACAAGAGAAUAUGGGGGUUGAGGCUCCUCCAACACAAAGUAGUACUAGUGGGGUUAGUCCUUACGGCGGCAGCUUAAGGACGAAGAGACGCUCUCUAUCAUCAUCAUCAUCAUCUACCCCAGGAGGGCCAGAUCCUCCUACAAGUGAGGUGGGGAUUAGUAGUAGUAGUAUUGCCGCCAAGUUAUAUGUUGCCCCUCUCCCCAUCACUGCUACUGAAUACGAUGUGCGUCAGGUGUUUGAAAAAUAUGGGAGCGUCACCGAGAUCAUUCUACCCAAAGAUAAGAUGAGCGGUGAACGAGCAGCUUACUGUUUUGUUAAGUACAGAAAGUUAGAAGAGGGUAGUGCCGCCAUUGCUGCUUUAACUGAUCACUUUACCUUUCCUGGGGAAAUUUCUCCAGUCAAGGUGAGAUAUGCUGACGCAGAACGUGAACGGAUUGGUUUCUCAACAGUGCAACUUCCAGAUAAACUAUAUGUUAGAUGCCUCAACAAACAUACCACAAGAAUGGAAGUCCAUGAGGUAUUUUCUAGGUUCGGAAUCAUUGAAGAUAUUUAUAUGGCAGUCGAUGACAUGAAGAUUAGCCGUGGGUUUGCAUUUGUUCAGUUUUCUCGUAGAGAGAUGGCACUAGAGGCAAUCAAAGCUUUAAAUGGACUCUUUACCAUGCGUGGUUCUGAUCAGCCUCUAAUUGUUAGAUUUGCUGAUCCUAAGAAACCCCGUCUAGGUGAACCAAGGUCUAACUUUAACGGUCCACCUGCAACAACACAACAGUUGGACUCAAAUUGGAACCCACAACCAUAUCCUCAGUGGGGAAACAAAGAACCUGCAGCCCCCAGAGUCGUUCAGCCAAAUCAUUUCCCCCAGCAAAAUGGUCAAGCAGUAUCCGUGGUUCAGAAGCAGUUGCAUCAAGAUUUUGAGAAGCAUCAGAGAUCUGAGACUGCUAGCGUGGAGGCUAGAGGCGAUGGUCAGAAGAUUUCUUCUAGUCAUUCAAAUGCAGUCCCUGAAGACCAAAAUACAGAGAGCUCUGAGUGUGACUGGAGUGAACACACUUGUCCUGAUGGGAACAAGUAUUACUUCCAUUGUCUCACUGGCGAAAGCACGUGGGAGAAACCGGAGGAGUACUCCAUGUUUGAGAGAUGGUUGGAAGAGCAAACAAGGGUACAAGAAGAAGAUCAAAAAGGUGUAUCUCCCCAGUUAAACAACCAGAGCCAAGGGGAGCAAGUUCAGUCUGAUGUUUUGCAACAGACUACUAAACUCCAACAACCAUCCUUAUCCACAGCGGAUCAGGAAAACAAUAAAGUAUGUCCGGUAUUGGCUGUUGAAACAACCUGUUCAUAAAACGUAUCAGGUAAUGGAACCAGUUGAAUCUCCUUUAUUAAAAGAUGAGCUAACUCCAUGCUCGAUAUUCAAAACCACCAUCUCUCUCAGCAUCUUCUCUUGGUUAAGUUUUAUUAUCAAAAUGAGUUGGUGAGGUUCUGUUUCUUGAAGCAGGCAAUCCGAAUUCUGAAGCUCCACACAACAAUUGUUAUGACACUAGUCGCGGUAAUAUGGAGCUUGAGAGUCUUGUUCUGUAGAAAAUGUGUUAUGAAACUUUAAAAACUUUUGAGUCUUGUAAAAAAGAACAUUGAAUAAAGGACAACAACUUAGCUUCCCCUGUUUUUAUAGAUACAGAAAGACAUGGUUUAGUUUGCUUCUUCA